GCGCGCUUUUCGAACGGGAAGUUUAGUCCUAACGUGGUUUGCAUUUCUCAAACUUUUGCUGUGUUCUUACGCAACAAAAGUACCAUUUCUGAUCUAAACAAUCUAUUCUGAGCUACAAGUUCGGUAGAUUACUUUUUUUUGAGUUUCACCCAAUUUAAUAGUUAACUGCGGUUUUGCCUCAGCUUACUAUUCGGUUUAUUUUCAGUUUUUCACGUAAAGGCUAUUUCAUUUUAUCUCAUCCGUUUUUAUACAUUUUUCCCGUUUUAGUGUGGUUUUUAGUGUAUUUUUAACGGUCUUAAGCACAGUUUACGUAAAUACAGCCAUGAAAAAUUCAUGUAAAAGACCUGGAUGCCGUUUCGCUGUUACAUCUGGCAUGCAGUGUGACAACUGCAAAGGUUGGUUUCACGAAACGUGCACAGAUCUUACGGCAACGGCUUACAAAAGACUCAGCAAAUCGGACCGUAAGUGGGUGUGCGUCACGUGCAACACGGACGCUGUAGUGCUGCUGAGCAAUAUCAUUGUUCUACUGACAGGUCUGCGGAACAAAUUGUCAGUAAACUUGGAAACAGAUAGCCAUAAAAUAGGUAGGCAAACGAGGGCGCGUAACGAAAAUAAGAACAGAGAUGUUGACAAGUCAACCAUCGAUGGAACGCGCAUUAGCACUAAUGAUGACAUGUUGAAACUCAGCACCAUCAUUACGUCGACAAUAAUUGAUUCCCUCACUAAAAUUGGAUCUCCCAGUUCAGGGUCCUCAAACGCAACGGUGGUUCCUAAAAACUCGGCAGGUGACUGUAACCACGCCAUCAGAGCUAAUAAGGACCAGGUGUCACCGUCCAAGGUUGACAUCCCAAGUGUUGUACGGACAUCAACUGGUGCUUUGAUCGCUCAGUCUACCCCCAAAAAUGUCCGCCCGGUUAUUAAAAAGCCUACGAUUCAAAAACCUGCUUCGACCUCCAAACAACAACGUACUGAAUCUGAACGCACUGGAAGAGCUGGGAAAACAACAACGGUCCGUGAUGACUCCCUCAUAAUCAUGAACCUCAUAGACAAUCCUGACCUUCCUCUCAGUUUGCAGGACAAAAAUGACAGGAUGCUUUGGGGUGAACUGAACAAAAAGCUCGAACUCCCUAGAAUAGAGCCUUUGACGGUCACACGGCUCACUCGGGGAAAGGAUUCUAAACACCAAAAUCAUCCGAGACUACUCCGUGUAACACUCAAGAAUGCUACCGAAGUAGAGGAUGUCCUGCUGGCCAGUCAUCUACUGAAAUCCGAUGGGAACGUCAGAAUACUGCCUGACAUACCAUAUUCUGAGCGCAAUCUCAUCCGAAACGUCCCUAAAGAUUCUCGAGAGAAGUUUUUCCGCGGAAGAAAUAUCAUCGUGCAAGGUGUACCGGAAAACAUGGACCCUACUCAAGCAAACUCUGACAUUCGGGAAUGGAAAUUCAUCAAACAGUCCUUGAGGCUUAAAAACAUACUGUCUCAGCAUGUGAUGAGACUAGCCAAGAAGGAUGGGGAUCCUAGACCCCGACUAUUGAGGAUAACUUUUCCAUCCUCCCAUAUGGCGGCUGCAACUCUGGAAGCAUUUCGUGUCAACAGACGUCGGUUGCCAACUGGGAUCCAUAUGCACCCGGAUAGGCCAUACGACGCCAGGAUCAAGCACAAAGGCGAGCUGGAACUGACCAUUCCACUUGUGGACUGUCUUCAAGACAAAAAAAACGUGUAAAGGACAGGGCCUACCAAUUAGACAAAACUUAUAUAGGUGGGUUACCUGUCCACUCACGCAAGGCUCUCAUAGAUAAACAGGAAGAAGCUCACGCGUUUCAAAUUGAAAGCAUUAACUGCUUAUACAUGAACGCCGCGAGUCUACCAAAUAAAAUGGAUGAACUAAGUGAACUCAGCAACGCUAAUAAAGUUCAUCUGAUAGGAAUAUCUGAAACUUGGAUAUCUCCUCAGUAUUCGGACCAGGAGCUAGCAAUACCUGGGAUGUCUCUGUUUCGCAAUGACAGAAAAACAGGAAUUGGGGGUGGAGUAGCCCUAUACAUAAGAUCUGGCCUGGUGGUACAUCAAAUCCACAACCACGAGUUUGACAAUCUUGAGGAAUCCCUAUGGUGCUCUAUGAGAUUGUCCACUACUUCGAGGUGCUUAGUCGGAGUCAUAUAUAGGAAGCCCACUGCCGACAUCGAGUAUGACAGUCGCAUGCUGCAGGGACUAUCCCGCUCUACGCGUCUCGGCUUUACUCAUAUCCUGAUUCUAGGGGACUUCAAUCUUCCUAGAGUCAACUUCGCGGAACAUACGUAUACUGGAGGUGAAAAUUCAAUCGAAGCUCGGUUCUUCAACCUCAUUGAGGACUUGGGACUACACGAAAAUGUGAAGUCGCACACUCGUUGGAGAAACGGUCAGACACCGUCGCGCUUAGACUGUGUUUUUACAAAUGAAGAAUUUCUAGUCGACAACCUCUCAAUUCUGGCUCCCCUGGGGAAGAGCGAUCACGCCGUUAUAGCCUUCAGUUUCGUCAGCAAAACAGAGCUAAGAUAUCCCGACAACAACAGGCGCUGGAACUUCAAACGGUUGAAUACGUCAGCUCUACAGGAUUAUCUACAACAGGUGGAUUGGGAUGUUCAACCUCAACUUGAUGUGGAUGCUCAUUGGGACUCCUUACUGCGCACGCUCUCAUGUGCUACUAAGCAGUCAGUUCCUCAAACGGUCCCCAAAAGGCACAAGCAACCUACAAUCAUCAAAAAACGCACUCUUCGUUUGCUAAGCCGUAAAAGGCACUGUUGGGCAGAAUACAAACGAACCAACAACAACGGCGAGUACAGGCAAUACAAACAUAUAAGGAACAUAUGUACGAAGGCUAUAAGAGAAGACAGGCUUCAGUACCAGUUAAAGCUUAUGGACAAAUUUAUUUCCAAUCCGAAAAGCUUAUUCCGUUAUGCAGCCUCUCUUCGUCAAGCCAAAACUGGAGUUUCUCAACUGCUAGGUCCUAACGGCCCGACAGAUAAUGACGGUGACGCCGCUAACCUUCUGGCUGAGCACUACUCCCGGACAUUUCAGCCGACCCACAUCAACUAUACUGAUGUCGGCUCUGUCUGCAACUGCACAGGACUUUCCGUAGUGAAACUGAGUGCUGACUUGGUGUACCGUAAACUACAACACCUAAGAACAGACACUUCUCCUGGUCCAGAUAUGGUCCACUCUGCUAUACUGAGGGAAGCAGCUUUAAUCCUAGCAACACCGCUUAGCGUGAUGUUCUCACACUCGCUAAGUCGGGGCAAACUACCGGAUAUUUGGAAGCUGGCUCAUAUCACACCAAUCUUCAAAGGAGGUCGACGCAGUGAACCUUCAAGUUACCGACCGGUGGCCCUUCUCUCUAUACCUUCAAAGAUCAUGGAGUCCCUGGUAUACGAUGAUAUACAUGACUAUCUGCUGUCCUUAAAUUUCUUCUCACCCCAACAGCAUGGUUUCAGGAAGGGUUAUUCCUGUAUGACGAACCUGCUGACCGCGGUGGACAGAUGGACAAGCAUCGUUGAUCGCAAGGGGAAGGUAGACAUCAUUUACCUUGAUUUCUCUAAAGCUUUCGAUAGGGUUAACCACACAUGUCUUAUUAACAAGCUCAAACAAUUGGGAAUCAAACCACCUUUAAUUGACUGGCUCAGUUCAUACCUCACAAGUCGACAUUUUAAGGUCAGGGUAAACUUCAAUUUCUCACGCGCUAUGGAAUGUUCUAGUGGGGUCCCCCAGGGCUCAGUACUAGGACCUCUCCUCUUCCUGAUUUAUAUAAAUGAUCUUCCUCAACAGGUAACGUCAGACAUACUGCUCUUUGCCGAUGACGUGAAACUUUGGAGAGAGAUACGCAACCAAGAGGACAUACAGGCACUUCAGGAGGAUCUGACUCGACUUCAAAGUUGGGCAGACAACAACGGACUUACCUUUAACACUUCAAAGUGUAAAGUAGUCCAUCUGCGACACGUCGCAGAUUACAGUUACAACUUAGGAAACUCCUCUCUAGUAGUAUCCCGAGUCGAAAAAGAUUUAGGAGUUCUGGUGCCCUACGACUUAAAGUCUUACGCCAACUGUGACAAAAAUGCCUUUAGAGCAAACCUUGCACUGGUAACAUUGAAGCGCAUUUUUGGUCAGUUUGACGGGAGAACUUUUCACAUAAUCUUCAAUAGUUUCAUUCGUCCCCAUUUAGAGUACGGGAACAUAGUAUUCCCUCCUACACUCCAAAAGGAUAAGGACACUCUGGAGCGUAUCCAACGGCGAGCCACGAAAUCAGUUCGGGGACUCAAAUUUAAACCUUACGAUGAGCGCCUCCAAUCACUCGACCUUUACCCAUUAGAGUAUAGGCGUCUUAGAGGUGACAUUCUAAUGGCUUACAGUAUCCUUAACACACCUGGACACCCUCUUAAACACCUAAUUAAGCUUAGUCCCAACACUAACCUAAGGGGUAACACCCAAAAACUGGAGAUACAACAUAGUAGAACGGACUGCAGACACAAUUUCUACUCCUUAAGAGUUGUCAAAUGCUGGAACUCGCUGCCAGCUGAGCUAGUCCAAGCAACUUCCCAGGAGUCCUUUAAGAGGCGACUUGAUCUAUUCUUAAGGACUAAGGAUAGUAUCCUACUAUGAUUUACCAAUUCAUUUUCUUUCUCUUUUAUCGUUAAUAUACCUAGGUUCUUGCCUGGCAGUAUUGGUGAUCCACUGCUACUAGACACGGAAGCCUGUUAAGCGAAAGCUUCUUCUAUUCCGUCCGCAACCAUUUGAACCAUUUGAAC